AUGUCCCUCCCCCAAAAAACCGACAUCCUAGUCGUCGGCAGCGGCAACGCCGGCCUCAGCGCCGCCCUCUCCGCCGCGCAAACCAACCCAUCCCUCCGCAUCACAGUCAUCGAAAAGAGUCCCGCCUCAUGGGCCGGCGGCAACAGCUACUUCACAGCCGGCGCCUUCCGCACAGCCCACGGCGGCCUCAAAGACCUCCUCCCAAUCGUCAACAACACCACCCCAGAACAAGCCUCCCGCAUCGACAUGCCCAGCUACACAGAACAAGACUUCACCAACGAUCUCCAGCGCAUGACCGGUAACCGCACCUCCCCCGCCCUCUCCGCCACUCUUGUCCGCGACUCCCGCGACGCAGUAGGCUGGCUCGCCGCCAACGGCGUCCGCUUCCAGCUCUCCUUCAACCGCCAAGCCUACGAAGUCGACGGCCGCAUCAAGUUCUGGGGCGGCCUCGCCCUGAAAACCCAAGACGGCGGAAAGGGCCUAGUCGCCGACGAGCUGCGCGCUGUGCGCAAUGCCGGCGUCGCCGUCUACUUCGACACCGCCGCCGCAGGCCUCGUCACAGACCCUGCCGGCGCCGUCGUCGGCGUCGAGGUCGUCUCCGCCACGGGCCAGAAGCAGAUCAUCACUGCUGGCGCGGUCAUUCUCGCGGCCGGUGGCUUCGAGGCGAAUCCCCAGCUUCGCGCGCAGUGGCUUGGGCCUGGUUGGGAUAGUGCGCGUGUGCGCGGUACCCCGUAUAACACUGGCGAGAUGCUGCGCAUUGCGCAGCGUGAUGUCGCGGCCAAGACGGCUGGUAACUGGAGUGGAUGCCACAGUGUUGCGUGGGAUGCGGAUGCGCCUGCGGAUUCCGGAAACCGGGAGGUUUCGAAUGAGUUUACCAAGAGUGGUUACCCGCUUGGAAUUAUGUUGAAUCGGGAUGGAGAGCGGUUUGUUGAUGAGGGCUUUGAUAUGCGCAACUACACCUAUGCGAUGAUUGGGCGACGGGUGCUGCAGCAGCCGGGACAGGUUGCGUUCCAGGUUUGGGAUGCACGCACUGUUGGCUGGUUGCGACAGGAGGAGUACCGUCCUGAAGUCGUUAACCGCAUUGAGGCGGAUACUUUGGAGGAGCUUGCAGAGAAGUGUGCCGCUGCUGGAUUGUCUGAUCCUAAGCGCUUUGUGGAGACUAUCAAGGAGUAUAAUGCUUCUGUUGAGGGAGAGGAGGCGCAGAAGAAGUGGGACCCUGCUGUUAAGGAUGGUCUUUCGACCAAGGGACUCGCCGUUGCCAAGUCCAACUGGGCUUUACCUAUCAGCAAGGGUCCUUUCCUGUCUGUCAAGGUCACGGCUGGUAUCACUUUCACUUUCGGUGGAUUGGCUGUGAACCCUGAGACUGCGGCGGUUAUCUCUGAGUCGACCAGCAAUGAGGUCCCUGGACUGUACUGUGUGGGUGAGAUGCUGGGAGGCAUCUUCUACGAUAACUAUCCCGGUGGCAGUGGUUUGACUUCCGGAGCUGUCUUCGGACGUCGUGCUGGUCGCGCGGCGGCAGAGCGAGUUGCCAAGAGUGGCAGUCUCGCGCGUUUGUAA